UGUCCUGUGUCGGGAUAACAUCGUAAACGCGGACCACCUGACGGUAAGACCGGACUAAAUGGAAGCAGCGGAGGAAACUCUCACUUACCGAGAUGACACCGGACUUCACAGGAAGCUGCUCCCAGAGGACAAGGAGAAUGAAAAGACGGACAGAAAGAAGGGACACUCCGCCGAGACGAACAGCGACGAGUCCAACUACGUGGACCUGGACAUGAAACCGGACGGCGUAAAAACAGUGAAAGUUACUUUCACUGGCGACGGAAACCAGCUGUCUGUGAAAUGUGACAAAACAAAGAAAGGGGAGCAUGACAAGGGGGUCAAAAUUAUUCCAGAGGACUUUUUUGAGUCGGAGGACAAGCGGGCCACUGAUCCAGGGCCUGCUUCGGGUGAGCCUCCUCUGGAAACUCUGACCAUACUCCCCGACGUGGAUCAGGACGAGGAGAAUGAGACGCGGCGCGGAGCCGAGCCGGACCCGAGUGAGUGCAGUGAAAGUGAGGAGCUCCAGUACACGGACAUGUAUCUGAACAGCAAAACCGAGUCCGAUGACGGAGCCAGCGCGGUUCUGUCAGACCACUGCGGCUCUGACACCGUGGAGGACGAGUCACACUAUAUCACGACGCACGAGAUCCAGCUCACCGAGCUCGACCACGACGUAGAUUACGACCUGGGCCGUGGGACCUGUUGGGAUUUCGAAGACAACAACCUGGUUUAUUCCUUUGUGGAUUACGCGUCUUUUGAGAGUGAUGACACGCAGGAGGGGACUCUGAUCGUGGAGGGCAGGAGCAAGGCGAAAGUGCAGUCGAAUCUCGGGGGGGCGGUUGUCAGCACGGAGCAGGACGAAAGUGAUCUCGGUGACUCGGAUAAGUGCGCCAGCUCAGAUGAAAGUGUGAGUAAAAACCAUAAUGGAGAGGUUAAUACAGGCAAAAUUCAUUUGUCGAUUAAAACAUCCUCCAGGGCUCUGAACGAGCCUGCAAACAUUGACAACAGCACCUGUGACUACACAAAACACUUCGGGGACAGGAGCCAGUUCUCCUUUGUGAGCAGUGGCGCCAGAGCGGGGCCCCUGUGCGAUAGAGCCCAAUAUUUCAUCCCUGCGCCGGGCCGUCAGCACCUCGCAACCAAACUGAGACGGAAAGAUAUUAAUGAGUAUUCCAGCGGAGCGUCCAGCUCCAUCAGUGAGCUGGAUGACGCUGAUAAAGAGGUGCGUAAUUUAACCGCCAAGUCUUUCCGGAGCUUGGCAUGCCCAUACUUUGAUGCCAUUAAUCUUAGCACCUCCAGUGAGUCUUCGAUGUCUGAAUAUGGGCUAAAUAAAUGGUCAGCGUAUGUGGACUGGAACUAUGGAAACAUAACCCGGGAGAGAGAGCGCAGCGUAAUGGCGCACAAGACUUCAAGCGCAACACUGGAAAUGAAUAAGACUGUGGACAGUAAGAGACUGGGUAAGUCUGCUACCGGCACGAAAGCUCCACAGACUAAAGUGACACUGAACAAGAGAACAACCCAGUCAUCAUCUUCUAGCAAACAGAUCGAGGUGAAGGAUCAGCCAAAGCAGCGCGGAGUCACACUAAACUUCCGCUGUAAUGUUGAAGCGCCUGAAGGCGCCAGACGUCCGAAAUGUUACAGGGGUGUACGAUCCAAUGAGAUCACAGGGGCUGUUUUGGCCAGGUCAGGGUGUGAAAUGCAGUAUCACCACACAGAAAACACAGGAGACACGCAUAAAAGAGCAGUUUUUGCAUCGAGUCUGCUAAAAAAUGUGAUCUCUAAAAAGAUGCAAUUUGAACAGGAGCGCAAAAUGGAGAGGGGAGAAAUCCGUGACACUUACCCAGCACUCUCACCAAACGCUCAAUACAAAGAUCAAGAUGCGAUAAGAGACAGGAGUCAAUGCAGAGGCUUACAGAGGCAGACGUCAGAGUCAGGCUCUGGUGUUAACUCUGUGGAUGGUCAGCGCCAGGAGGGCAGCAGACCUGCCUCCUGUGAGCCUGUAGAGGAACAGAGGAUCAGUACAGCAGAAGAGGAGCCAGAGGCCACUUCUCAAAAAGCCCCUCUCAGCCACAGUCAGAGUAGUGCGUUCAAUAAAUUAAAAGAAGAUGAAACACCGGCUGCAAGGGAGGCUGAACCUGCACCUGUAAGCGACACACAGACCACAACCAAAGAAGCUUUAGACACCAACAGCAUGCUGACAAAACUGCUCUUUGUUCCAAGUUACCAGCUCCACUCUAAAAAGAAAGAGUUCACAGAAGACCAUCAGAGCGGUGCACCUGCCACGGGUGUAUCCACUGGACAGAAAUCUGAACAAGGAGAAAAGGGGGGAAAACCCCCUGAGAUAAAAAUAUGCCUAAGAAGUGUGAAGGAAAAUAAAGGGUGCACACUAAAUAUUGCAAGCCUUUUAACCCCAAAAAUCAGCUUCAACACUAUGAACACCUUCAGGGCAGCAGGUGAAGCCAAAUGCCACAUUUGGGCUGCUUCAGAUAAAAUUCCAAACUUUAAUGUCAGAGAUAUUAGAGAUACAAAAUGCAAGUUUCAAACACCUAUUUAUCAAGUCAGAGAUGUGCGUAAAUUAGUCAAAAGUUCUUAUCGCUUUGUUUCAUUGGAUAACAGUGAAAAUAAAGCUGAUAAACUCGAAGCCACAAAAGAGCAAGUAAAACAUCUACUACCAUCUCCCAUUGUGAUUAAAUGUCACUCUGUUAAAACAAAUGUUAAACAAGCUACUGAGAUGUCACAGAAACAGUCAGAGGCAGGCGUUGUGUCUGAAACACUCCAAGGUGAAAACACACAAAGCAGGGUUCCACCUGCUGCAGCAAAGCAGCUUCAUCCUGAUCAGUCAGACGGUCAGUCAAAUAUCGAAGCCAAACUGACAAAACAGAGACAGGAAAAGUUUGCAGGUGAGCCUAAAAUACCCAAACAGGCAGCAUUAGAGAAGCUAAAAGCUGCAGUCAAAACAAUGGAGCAGCUUUAUGUUUUUGAUAGAAAUGAAUGGAAGCGUAAAAACCAGCCUCCACAAACAAUCACAGGCAGCCAUGUGUUGUCACUGAUUGCUAGUGAGGAGCAUGGAGCAGACGAGCCGGAGACAUUAAGUCAGGCUUUGACACACGGCAAAGAAAGAGAGAAAGCACAGGAGAAGAAAGGAGCUCAGAAUGUCAUCCAUGUUCCAUACAGUGAAGACACAUUUAAAACACAAUCACAGCAAAGUAAAACAUUCAGCAAUAAAAGUGUCCUUCAUUUAGGCAACAAGGCACGCGUCUGCAUCACGUCAGUUAAUAACUCUGUUCCACAAAGCUCUGAGCUGCAGACUUCAUCGACUAUGAAAAGCUCCAGCACACCAGUGGCUCCACUGUCAGUGAAAAUAGAGCCUCCAAAGCACAGCCAGGUGGAGCAGGGAAAGGUCAGAAUCAUUCCCACUAAUCCUUCUGUCACACAGGGCUGUGCAGACUCCGAGAACUAUUUAACAAUCCCGGGGCUUGGGUACACAAAUGAAAUCAAACUCCAGAAACCAGAGUCUUCAACAAAGGAGGACACUUCAAAUGCUAGAUUUCAAACAGGUGACAGCAAAACACCCCCCAUAAUCAUGGAGUACCCAGCUUCAAGUAUCUAUCAUCACGCCAGGGCACCAGCGGGGCCUCCAGCAGCACAGCAGGUGUUGUGUAUCUCUCCUUCCAUCCCAACCGUGUCACCCACACUUUCUGCUGGAGAGAAUGCACCACAAACACAGCGCAAGAUGCUUCUGGACCCCACCACAGGACAUUAUUACUUAGUGGAAACCCCCAUACAGGCCACCACUAAGAGACUGUUUGACCCUGAAACAGGCCAGUAUGUGGAUGUACCCAUGCCUCAUUCUCCUGUGUCACCUAUCACUCCUGUCACUCCUGUACCUCUCUCUGUCUCGCCCCUGGCCCUUAGCUCUGGAGCAUACACGCCCACCUACAUGAUCUACCCAGGAUUCAUCCCCUCGCCCACCCUCCCAGCCCAGGCUGUGUUAACUCAGUCCCCAUGUCUCAGUGAAGAAACAAGCGCAGAAAAAGUCAACACAAGAAGCCCCAGACUGGAGGCAAAUGCACCAGGAGCAGAGAGUGCGUAUUACAGCGCAACAGGUGAGCCUGCACUGCAGCUGCCUGUGAGUUUGGGACAUGUGACGGCCACAGGAAGUGCAGCGAGCUCUGACAGGAAGCCAGUUAUCAGCAUCACCACGCAACAAGGUCCAAGAAUCAUUGCCCCGCCCUCCUUUGAUGGAACAACAAUGAGCUUUGUGGUGGAACAUCGGUGACCAAGGAAACAUCUCAUCAUUCAUAUAUCUCCACCGAAGAAUCUCCCAUCAUUCGGCAACAGUAAAGGUUUCAUCCCCAUCACCCCACCUGUGAUCUACUCCCCAGGACAACUUCAACCAACAAAUCUGUAUCCCCACUUUGCCCUGUUGUUUAUCCUCGGCAUCAUCCGUAUGCAUUGUAGCACUUUGUAGGAAAAAGCCUCAUCCUCUGGCUGAUGCUGUGCCAUAUUGUUGUAUUAAUCUGCUUUGUGAUAAUUUCCAUUUAACUGCUGACUAGAACAAUUGAAAUGCUGUAUGGGCCCCGUAACAUGUAAAUUUAAAGGGAAAAACAGCAGGUUUUCUAUUACAGUUCAGUGCUAAGAGCCAAGCCACUAUUACAUUAUUCCGAGUUGAAUGAUACCGUGCAUUUAAAGCAAGACUAUGCAAAUUACAAUUGUAAAAACUGACAAUGUCGGUGUGCUUACAUGAUGUCUCUUGUUGCACUACUGUUUUAUCUGUUGUGGGAUUUAAAAUAAGUUUUUCAGUUACUUUACUACUCUCAGGUGAGGUUUUAAUUGACUUCCUCAUUCUGUACAAUACUUUUUUUUAGUUAUGAUGUGUAAGACAAAUAGAUUAUUGCAAGUCAGUCCCGUUUCCAGUAUUUCCCAGUUGUCCAACAUACUACAAGUCAACUCAAUGCAGUUCAAUAAGAAUCAUCCCAGUAGUUGGCCAUCGAAGUGAAGAGUUUACAGAAAUUUGAGUAAAAGUUAGGGGCCUUGCAUCAGCAUGUUCAGAGCUUGUACUGUAUAUGUAACUGCAUACAGUUAUGGACACUAGGUCACUUGUGAUUGUUUUGGAGUCAACUAAAGAAGCUGCUAGUACACAUCAGUAGUGAAGGUUGUUGUCAAGCUGUUAAAAGGUUCCUAUUGGGCUUGUUAAGUCUGAAUGAUUCAAGAAGCAGCAAUACAUAACAGCAGGCCAGAAGUGUCAAAACUACUGUGGUUAUCUAUACAAAAAAACAGUGUCGGAAGUAGCGUCCGAUGGUCAGUCACUGUUAGAGGUUCUGCCAAACAGCCAACUGACUGGAGGCAGAGCCUGAUCUAUGCUGCUUUCAAAAUAGGCUUUUAGCUGCUUACCUGCACCAAAAACACUGCUGAAAUGAUGCUUUGAAACCAGACUUAUAUUUCACAAAGGACGAUGUUGUGCAAGGCUUUUGGGGAAGUCUUGUCCAGUCUAAUAGGUGAGCUCACUAAGGUAGUCAAAAGCUCCACAGUAGCAAUACACCUAAAGUAGAUGAGACUCUCAGUGAGAUGCUGAAGGUUAUUGUGGGGAUUCCUCCUCAUUCUUGGAUGCCAUUAAGUGGUCAGGAACUGGAGUGUGGGGUUGCCUAAGGAUUGCGAGUCUGCUUUUUGCAAAUAGUGUGGUUCUCUUGGCUUUACAAGUCAAUAACAUUGAGACUGCAUUGGGAUGAUUUGGGGCCAGCUGUAAAGCUGUGGAAAUGAAUGUUAUCACUUUUAAGACUGUGGCUGUGGCUCUGGUGCAAGGUGGUGGUUUUCUCCUUUCUAGUUUUGAAUGAGUCACUACCUAAACACAAAUGACAGUGAGAUUAAGUAAAAGAUUGGCAGUUUGGAGCAAUGUCUGCAAUUAAUGUGGAUGCUGCUCUGGACUGUUUUGGUGAAGCGAUAGUGGAGCCUGAAAGGGACACUCUUGAUUUACCAGAUGAUCUAUGUACUGAUCCUCAAGUCGUUAGUGAUGGGUAAUGGCAGAAAAGAUUAUGAAAAGAAGUGGUCAAAUCAGUUUCUUUUGAAGGGUGGCUGGAAAUACCCUCAAAGAAAGAGUGGAAUAAGCUACAGAUCAGAGAAAAGAUCAUGGGACGAAUCAACAAUAAAUAUGAGGGAUUACAUGUCUGAUAUGGGAAUACUCUGGUAUCUUUCAGGAAUAUAUGGGGGGGGUUGGAUGUUUGGACUGAUGGACAUCUCUAAAACACUGAACACUAGUAUCACACAUCUCAGGAAAAUUAAGGACAAAUCAAUGUAACAUUAUCCUGUCAUCAACUGCUGCUUGAGGCCAUAGUGGCCAUUGGCAUAGUCUUGCUUUAAUAAAACAAUAAGAUGUUCAUUUCAAAAAUAUGCUGUAAUGUGUAUUUCAUACUGAUUUCUAAGGACAGGGACCACUGGUCUGCACUGAACUGUAAAAACACAAAACAGAUAAAGGUGAUGUUGAGUCAUUAAAUUUUUGAAUAAUUAUUUCCAAUGAAUAUAUUUUAAAGAUGUCCCAAUUCAAAGACAAAGUAAAGAUGACUGACAUUGCUAAAUAUAAUACUACUAAAUACUACUACAGUUCAAUAUAAAAUAUCCACAUAACACUUUAAUGCUUCCUAUGACUUGGUGGCGCUUGUUCUACUCAAAGUAUCACUUCAGUCUAAUGACUCACAAAAUGCUAGUACCUGUACAUUUGAAAUGCUGAAUGAAGUCUUGUAUGUUUCUAUUUAAAAGCACAUGCCUCACAUAUAGUAGUGAGAAGCAAAGAGAAACACACUAAGUGUGUUGCUACGAUGAAGCGCUGCUGGGACUCCGGCUUAAUAGUCUCCUUAGGUUAGAUUUCCUAUGUACUGUUUGGCCUAAUGAGUCAGGUCCAGCAGAUAUUUAGAGGAUAACUUCCUCUAUGCUGUUUUUUUUAUUGUACACUUUUGUGUAAUUACAUGGGAGUAAGUGCGUGUGCAGUCCGAAUGCGUGUGUGGCUGUGAAUUAUGUAUGGCAUUUUGGUAUUCUGUGAGCAUACAACAAGGAGUCAUGUUACUUUGCUGUAGACAGCAGCGUCUACUGUACAUGUGUUGGAUGUAUCUUUGCACUUACAGACAGCAAUGUCAGUUAAUCUUGUUUAAAUGCCUUGCCAUUUUUCCUUUAAUAUGUAGGAACUGAGGUUUUCAUUCGAAUGACGCAUAGACUGAUGACAUCUACAAAAAUACUUUUAUUACUGUUUUCUGUACAGUGAAGUUUUGAGAUUAGUUUUAUUUUUCUGUCCUGUUUCCUUUUGACCACACAGUGGAAAUUCAUAGGUCUAUACUUGACUCCAUUUGCCUGUAUCCCAUGUAGAAUUGCUGCAAAAUGUAGAUUGCUAUUUUUAGCGUGUUAAAAUUUUAAACCAUAUUAAAGGUAUUUGGAGCUGCU